CACAAAAACUUCAUAGACCCACCAAAUUAGUAACGGAAAAAUCCUAGCUUAACUAACUCAUUCAUAUCAAGAUAACAAUAGCACAUGCAAAAAUAUUUAACACAAUAAAUAAGAAGACAACUACCAUAAUAUACUGUUAUACUAAGAAAUAGGAGUCUUUUAUGAACAAAAUGACGUAAGGAGGGUCUAACAAAAUUGGAGAAGAUAACACAUAAAAGGAGGGUCGUAAGUGGAGAAACAUACCUUUGAAGCUCUGUAUUUGCAUAGGAAUUAUCAGUGAGGCUAGGAUUUGGGUAAAGUUGAAGUGAUGGAGAAGUGGAUGAGGGAUUUUUGUGGGUUUAACGGGUCGGAUAGGACGGUUAUUUAAUUUGGAUAAAACUAAAGACAGAAUGGGUUAUUUUAUAGUGAGGCUGACACAUGGCUCUCCAUCAAACACAAGGGUAUAUGUAACCAAGUAUAACGGUAGUGGCACCAUUAGGCAGAAAGUAUAACGGAGGGUACAUGCAAACCAUAUAUGAAAGCUCAGGGGUAUAUUUAUGACCCUUUCCCAUUUAAAUGAACUAAGAUGAUUUUGCUAAUAAUUCACUAAAACAACUACAUUGAAGAAUGGAAGGCCUAGUGUGCUACUUCCAGAAAUUGAUCGGGCUAAAAUCCAAGUUUGCUAGUACCAGAGGAAGCUAAAUCACAGAGACUCUUUAAGUAGUUCUAAACUGGACUUCUUCAGAGUGCUUAGGCGUGCCUUAGUAGUUUUUCUGAUUGACAAAAAUAUAAAUGAGGUUUUAUUGUAGUCAAUGUACAAGAAGCUCCGUGUAUUGGAGUUUAGUGUACUAAAAUAAGGUAACGUUUAACUAUGUGAAAUAAGACAGUUAUUGAACAAGGAAAAUUACCAAAAUAACAGGAUUCAUAAUUAUGAGAGAGUUGGAAAGAAUAUCCUAUUACAAUUAACCUAAACAUGUAGUAUGAUCUAUCAUCUAGAACAUUCUACCAUGUAAGUAAAUAAAUUUUUGGCUUUCGACAUAACUAAUACAUGAUGUUCCGCUGGCAGGUUAUGGACAUGGAGCAUGAGCUUCAAGCAUUGCGAGUGCAACUUGCAGAGAAGUGCAAGUAUUCAAUACAGCUUCAGAAAGAGCUGGCAAGGAAGAUAGGUGAGGAAACUGUAUCACAGUUGUAUGAAUUAGAUGGCAUGGAAGCUCUGGGUUCGUUUCUGCAAAUACAGCCCUGUUCUCUUUCUGCUUCAGAACUAUCCGAAUGUUCAAUUCAGUGGUAUCGCUUAGCGUGUGAAGGCGGAAAACAAGAACCUAUUUCAGGUAUCUGCGCGUUAGUUCUUUACAUUGCCGUCUGUUAUGCAGCUUAAUUAAUGUUCUCUAGC